AUGUACAUUCACCCUAUCUAUGGCAAUACUAGAUUCUUGUUUCAAUUCCUUUUUUUUCUUCUUCUUCUUCUUCUUCUUCUUCUUCUUCUUCUUCUUCUUCUUCUUUCAUCUUAUUCCCUCUCUCUUUCUCUCUUUUAUACCUUAUCACACUUACACUUUUCUCUCCUUUUUCUUUUCCUUUCUCUUCCCCUCUCCCUCUUUCACUUCAUCUCUCUCUUACACACUACCACUCUAACACUUUUCUUUUCCUUAUUUUUCUUCCUCUCCUUUUCUCUCUUUCCCACCUCUUUGUCUCUAUCUCUCACACGCUAUCACUCUUAUACUUUUCUUUUCAUUCCUUUUAUUCCUCUCUUUCUCUACCUUCUUCCCCCACUCUCUCUCUCUUUCUCUCUCUCUCUCUCUUUUACACACUAUAACUCUUACACCUGCCUUUCUUUUCCCCUCUCUUUUUCUCUCUUUCUCCCGUCUUUCUUUCUCUCGAUUCCUUGCACAUUAUCACUCUUACAGUUUUCUUUCUCUCCUUCUAACGCUGUUUCUUUUUCUCCCCACUCUCUCUUUCUUCCUCUCCCUCUUCCUCUCUCUAUCACUCUUACUUUUUUCUUUUUCUUCUUUUAUUUUGUUUCAUUUUCUCUCUUUUUUCCUUCACUUUUUCUCUCUAUAUCUCUUACACACUUUCUAUCCGUUCUUUUUUGCUCUCUCUCUCUCUCUCUCUUUCUCUCUCUAGCUCUCUCUUUCUCUUUCUAUCUGUCACAAACUACUACUAUUACACUUUUUCCGUCUGUUUAUUACUCUGAUGGUUUAUUCUUUCUGAUUGUUUUUUUUUACUAA